AGACUUCUAAUGUUUCUGAAUGUAUACCUGAAAAUCCUCAUUCUACAAAACCAGAGACUUCUAAUGUUUCUGAAUGUAUACCUGAAAAUCCUCAUUCUACAAAAUCAGAGACCUCUGAUGUUUCUGAAAGCAUACCUGAAAAUACAUCGUCCAUUCCUCCGUUAACAUACAUUACCAUAUCUAAUGCCACAAAUGAGCAUUCAAAUUAG